GUCGGGUCUCAUUUCUUUAAGUUUCAUUGAUUGAGUAUCCUUGUUUUUAGUCCGAGUUAAGACUGCUAUGGAAGACGAAAAGAAAGUGCCUAUUAUCGCUGCUCGAGAAAGAGGACCCGGGCCAGGACGAUAUGGACUCCCCAAUACAACUGGCUAUGGUAACCACGAUCCCACCAAGAAGAAGGCUCCUGCAUAUUCCUUCGGAGCUCGUCUCGAGAAUACUAUGUUCAAAAAGGACUGCAGCCCUGGACCUGGCUAUUUCAUCGAUGCAACAAUUAGCCGGACCGGUAGAGACGGGACACCUAUGUACUCUAUCCUAGGGAGGCAAAAGGAUCCAAGAUCAGUGCAGACUCCAGCACCAGGCGCCUACUCCCCGGAAAAAGUCCAUCCUCAAGGAGAACGACAUGCCCCUGCUUACUCUAUGGCUAUGAGAACUAGAUACAGGAAACGAGACAGCACACCAGCUCCCAACGUCUACACAAUUCCUACCUUCCUGGGAAGCAGGAUCCCUACUAAAAUGAACUCCGCUAGCUUCUCAAUGACCGGCAGGUCCAAGACAGGAGGUUUCUCGGAAGAUCUGGCCCGAGCACCUGGCCCAGGAGCUUACCAACAUGUACGACCUGAUGUUACCAAACGAAAGGCUCCCGGUUACUCCAUGCUGGGACGCAGUUACAUGCCUGGAGAUUCGACUAAGAAGCCUGGUCCUGGUGCUUAUUCUCCGGAAAUGGUUCUGUUGAACAAGCAGCGUUUACCUUCUUACUCACUUGGAAUCCGACACUCCGAGUACAUUACUCCUCUCAUUGUUGAAGUGGAGUGAGCUUCCAAGUCAAGUUGAUUUCAGUGGGGAUAGGGGCUAGGGUUUUCCUAGAAAUGAACUCAAAAUAAUUUAAAAGAGUCUAAAUGAGAUUUUCAUUGAUUUAAUCUUUAUUCGUUUACUCCUGCUGCUCGAGGAAAAGGUUGUGUGCAUGGUCAUGCUUCUUUUGUCACUUGUAAAAUAAAAUAUUCCUAUGUACAUAUACGUGAUUUAUUCACUUUUUGGUGUGCUUUAAAUAACAUGAUUUUGAGUCGGUAUUGUGGCAGCAGUAUGCUCGGGAAGCACACAAAAACUUGUUUUAUACACAUUACUAUUUUAUGUAACGCAAGUUAAGCUUGCGUAGAAAUUUUACUGACAUGUUGAGUUAAGCGUUUACAAAUGGCGUCAUCACUUUUUGCUAUUCAGAUAUUUCUUUACUCAAAGACAAAUAACAUCAGCAUUAUAAUAAUAAAAGUUCUCAUAACUUUUCUAAAGUAUUGACCGAAUUUGGCGAUGAUGUCAUCUGUGAAUGCUCUAUAACUCUAUACACGAGCGAGAAUAAACUUCUCAUUAAUGCGUCUAGUUUAGUGCGACGAUUCAUUUAUGUCUGAGACAAACAAAACUUCUAGAUGAUUUGACAACCAAUAGCGUAGUCAUUUUAUUUUGAUUGAGUACAAUGUUUUUGUAGUACCAACAUAAAAUACCUACAGAUUUAUAUUUAACAAA